AUGGCUGCCGCACGCCCGCUCUCGCUUACGCUCGCCGCUCUGCUCGCCGCGUUGUUCGUGGCCACACUGUCGCCUGCCGCCGCGGCACCACGGGUGCGCCGCCAGCUCGUCGACGAGAACGCACUGCAGCCGCUAGAUGACGCGGCCGACGACGAGCAGACGCGCGAGAAGCGCAAGCUGGAAGGAGCGACGGAGGCCAAGUUCGGUAUCAAAAACGCCGUGCUCGGUUUCGUUUUCGGGAAAAUCAAUUCGCUGAUCGACGCGAAGACACGCUACGUGGAAUCUCUGGACCGAAAGAAUAUCGAACUGAACAAGAAAUAUCACAUCGAAGCACCAUCUUCGGGUGGCUUGGACCACUUGGGUGGUGUGGUGUCUCAGGUCAUCGGGUCUAAACUGCAAUUUAUCGGACCUAAACUGCAGGCCGUGACUGGUCUGAUAGGAGGGCUAUCAGGAAAAGGUGGGGGCUCGGACAGCUCCGGUGGCUCAGGGUUGGGCUCCAUCCUAUCGCUUGUGACGUCUCUGUCGGGAUCCUCAUCUGGCGGCGGGGGCGGAGCCACCACCGGUGUUGAAACCGUCGACUCUUCGGAAGAAGAAUCUUGA